GUUGAAGAGGAAGUCGGUUUUCAAACGAGUCCCAUGUUUUUACACACAAAUAAUAAGGGUUUGUGAAGUUAAUUAACGUAACGCACAAUAUUGGCCGAAGUAGUUUUUCCUGCAUUAAAUCUGUGAACCGAGUGACUUUCCACAGAUGCAGGCAAGAGACUUCACAGUUAGUGAAAAACGUUGUUGCCGUAGCGCUCUUGUUAACUCCUGCACCCUAAAAUUGAAUUAUGAGAUAACUCAAUGUUAACACGAGGCUCCCCUGGACUUGGAAGUAUAUUGGACUGAAUUGUACAAUGAAACUGUAGUGCCAUAAAUGUUACACUUCAGCUGAGUGUAGGCCUAUGUGAAAGAGCGAAGAGUCAAAAACAGCGGGGAGCGAUGAACUUCACAGGGAAACAAGAACAACCCAAGACCUUCAACUCAUGUUUUGGGCAACAACCGUACACGCCAGAGGAGUACCAGGCGAUCCAGGCUGCGUUGCGACAGAAACUUGGCCCAGAAUACAUAAGCACUCGUUUGGCCGGAGGUGGACAAAAGGUGUGUUAUAUUGAGGGCCAUAGAGUCAUCAGUCUGGCCAAUGAGAUGUUUGGGUACAAUGGUUGGUCUCACUCCAUCACCCAGCAGACUGUUGACUUUGUGGAUCUCAUCAAUGGAAAAUUCUAUGUUGGAGUUAGUGCAUUUGUGAAAGUACAGUUAAAGGAUGGGUCAUAUCAUGAAGAUGUGGGCUAUGGUGUGUGUGAGGGACUGAAGUCCAAAGCAUUGUCACUGGAGAAGGCCAGGAAGGAAGCUGUGACAGACGGACUGAAAAGAUCACUCAAGUGCUUUGGAAAUGCUCUUGGAAACUGCAUCCUCAACAAGGAGUAUCUCAUUGCCAUUAACAAGAUCCCUAAACAACCCAUGCCACCUCUAGAUCCUGCUCUUACCAAGCGAUCUGAUGGUGAACCAUCAGUGGAGAAGGCCAGAUAUUCCAGUCUGGUUGGUCGCCAGUCUGCUGGCAAAGCUGAGGAUCCUAUGGGAGAGACAUGUGCCAAGCAGCCAAGAGUCCAGCUGGUGUCCGAACCAUGGGAUGACAAAAGUGAUGUCAGGACAUCGCUUUCAUUAAACACUCCUGGACACUCUGCUCUACCUGACCCUGACAAGAGGCCCAACACCACAUCCAGUAGGUCUUCAGUGGGCAUGGACGACAUGUCUCCCACGGACCAGCAUGUGGACCCCAAGCAGCUGAGGAAGCUGAGGCAGCAGCAGCUGCAGCAGAAGUUUCGGCAGGAGAUGGAAGCUAAGAAGAUGCAGGAGAACAACCAAACCCCUGCACAAGAGCCUGGAGCUUCUCAUGUGCUGUUGGGCUCCAACCUGGAGACUGCUGGUCAAGGCACACCUAAUUCUUAUGCAGAGAAGUGUGAGGAUGAGUGCUUGGCUGAUGAUCCGGAGCUGUGGAAUUUCACUCUUGACCUGUUGGAUCAACCUCUUCAUACCACGACCACAAGCCCUUCCUCCACAUCGGGUAGUGAGCACGGAAUGUCGACACGGAGUAAGACACCGCAAGGAGCACCAAGCCUGCAGGCCCCAGUGCAGCCUCAGGGCAAUGGAGGGUUCGCACAGCACCGGUCCCAUCAGUCCAUACAGAGAUGGAAUCAAACAGGUGAAGCUGUAAUUACACACAGGCCAUGUGAAUUUAAGAAACGGAGAUUUGACCCUUGAGUUUGGAAAAAAUAUUUUAUAAAUAGUAAGUUUUAUGGUUCUUGUUUUAACUUAAUUUGAGUUCUAUUGCAAUUUGUAAUAAAUAUUUUAAGUUAUCAAGUA